UCAUCACGACGCAUCGUGUUCUCCAUGCUGAUCAACACGGCUGAGCUAUCUUUUUUAGCAGCCCGUGUGUUUUAAAAAAUGGAGAAAAAGGAUUCUUUCAAGAAGAAACCAAAACCGGUAAAUGUGUCAGACCCGGCAGAUCCCAUCGAAAGCUUCGAGAAAUGGAAGAAGAAAUACAACAUCACGAAAUCUCGCGUUAAAAAGGAACGACAGCAGAAGAAAAGGCCAGAGUGGCAGGUCGAGCGAGAGAACAUACACAAGCUUGUGAGCAAGUACAGCGACAUCAACACCAAAGAUGUCAUUAGGUUUUCAGAUUUCCCUAUUUCCAGGAAGACCCUGAUUGGUCUGCAGGAGUGUCAGUACAGGCAGGCCACAGAGAUCCAGAGGCAGACCAUUGGCCUCGCCUUGCAGGGCAAGGACAUUCUCGGCGCCGCCAAGACUGGCUCUGGAAAGACUUUAGCCUUUUUAAUACCAGUGUUGGAGUGUCUGUACCGCCAGCAAUGGAGCUCCCUGGACGGCCUGGGUGCCCUCAUCAUCUCCCCCACAAGGGAGCUCGCCUACCAGACAUUUGAGGUGCUUCGUAAGGUGGGCAAGAACCAUGACUUCUCCGCAGGGCUCAUCAUCGGUGGGAAGGAGCUAAAGGGCGAGUCGGAGAAGAUCCACCGCACCAACAUCGUCAUCUGCACCCCUGGACGGCUGCUCCAGCACAUGGACGAGACCGCCACCUUCCACGCCUCCAACCUGCACAUGCUAGUGCUGGACGAAGCCGACCGCAUCCUGGACAUGGGCUUCGCCGACACACUGAAUGCCAUUGUGGAGAACCUCCCCAAGACUCGCCAGACGCUGCUCUUCUCUGCCACACAGACCAAGUCGGUCAAAGACCUGGCUCGGCUCAGCCUGAAAGACCCAGAGUACGUGUGGGUCCACGAGAAGGCAAAGUUCAGCACCCCGGCCACCCUGGAGCAGAGCUACGUGGUGUGUGAGCUCCACACCAAGGUCAACAUGCUCUACUCCUUCAUUCGAAGCCACCUGAAGAAGAAGGUCAUUGUCUUCUUUGCGUGCUGCAAGGAAGUGCAGUACCUAUUCCGAAUCUUCUGCCGUCUUCGACCAGGCAUGCCAAUUCUGGCCCUCCAUGGUAAGCAGCAGCAGAUGAAGAGGGUGGAGGUCUACAACGACUUCCUCCGAAAGAAGAGUGCCGUGCUGUUUUCCACCGACAUUGCUGCCAGGGGCCUGGACUUCCCUGCUGUCAACUGGGUGCUGCAGUACGACUGUCCCGAAGACGCUGACACCUACAUCCACAGGGUGGGACGCACAGCCAGGUACAAGGAGGGCGGGGAGGCGCUGCUGCUGCUCCUCCCCUCAGAGGAGAAGGGCAUGGUUGGACAGCUGCAGGAGAAGAAGGUGCCCAUCAACAAGAUCCAGGUGAAUCCAGAGAAGCUUCAGAAUGUACAGCAGAAGCUGGAGGCCUUCCUGGCCCAGGAGAAGGAGCAGAAGGAGCGUGCCCAGCGGUGUUUUGUCUCCUACCUGCGCUCUGUCUUCCUGAUGAGGAACAAAGAGGUGUUUGACAUAUUCAAGCUCCAGCUUCACGAGUAUGCACUGUCUCUGGGCCUGGCAGUGGCACCGCGCGUGCGCUUCCUGAACAAAGCUCAGGCGCAGAGGGCGGAGAAGGCAGAGCAGUUUGAGGAGGAGGAUGAGGAGCUGCGCAGCUUCAAAGCCCAGCUGAAAGGAGGUGUUCCAAGCAAGGAGGAGUCCGAUUCUGAAGAUGAUGCUGAAGGAAGUGAUGAUGAGGAGGAGGGAGAUGACGAGGGUCAGGCCAAAACGCUCCUCCUGGGUGAAGAUGGCGAUGAGGAUGACCUCAGAGACUUAGACCUCCUGACAGUCAAAAGAAAGGACGUGUUCAGCAUAGAGGAGGACCAGGAGAGACAGGAGUCCACCAGCAGCCCCACAAAGAAAAACCAAAAAACCACAAAGUUUAAAGAGGCCAAGAAGAUCCUCAAGAGGAACUUCAAGGUCAACACAAAAGUGACGUUCACAGAGGACGGAGAAGCCAGGCAGCUUUGGCCUCCGGUGCAGCGUUCAGCCACAGGCCAAGAGCAGCAGCAACAGCAGCAGGAGGAGGAGGUCUCAGGGAUCAACUUGGAGAAGGCCAAGGAGCGUCUGAGGAGAGAGGACCAGGAGUUUGACAAGCAGGAGUACAGCCGCAAAGUGAAGGCCAAACAUCGUGAGCAGAAGUUGAAGGCCAAGGCGGCCAAGAGGGACGCCAGCAAGAAGCCCGGACACAAGUCUGAUGAGGAGGAUGAGGUGUUGGCGUACCUGGCCAAUGACAGCGAAGACGAGUUUGACCCCAGCACCCUGCCAGAUCCUGACAGACACCACUCAGAUGAUGAUGAGGAGGAGGACGAGGAGGAGGAGGGUAAAGCUUGGCCAGCUAAACGGAGCCACAGCAGUGACAACAGCAGCAGCGAGGAAGAGGAGGAGGUCCCAGCAGCGAGGAGGAAGAAGGUGAGGCAGGAGGAUGAAGAACACACAACACUGGACACCGGACUGUCUCUGGCUGAGGAUGAGGAGCUGGUCCUGCAGCUGCUGUCUGGACAGAUGUAAAGUCAUCUAAAUCAACACUCCUGAUGACACGCUGACCCCCUUUAACCAUCAUCGUGUCAUAAGACUGUCAUUCUUGUAAGGGACUGCAACCUUCAUAUGUUGAGACAUUCUGGUAUAAAACUAAACUCUUUUUUGUAGAUUAUGUACAAGGUGCGCUGUACCUUUCUGUCAUGCCCAACAAGAUGGUUAAUUAUGUCCUCCUUGAUGUAUGUAAAUUUAUCUUGGAUAUAAAGUUAU